AUGGCUGACUACGGUCCUCGUGCCCCCCACGGGCCCGACAUGUCGGGCACCCACAACCCGCUGGAGGAUAUGGAUCCCCGCGAGAAGGGUGCCUUUGAUCGCCUCAUCCGUCCCGAUGACAGCUACAAUGAGCAGGGUGUCUACUGGGCGGAUAUGCCUCUGGGCGAGAAGAUCAAGUUCGUCAGCUCCUACGAUGCCAAGGAAGCUCGCUCCGAGCUGGCGAGCAUCUGGUCCAUGAUGAAGAAGGACCCGCUCUCCCCCGUCUCCUACUACUUCCGUAACAUGGUUCUCCCCGGUGCUGGUCUCGGUCUGGAAGGUUAUGUGCUCUUCUCCAUCGGCAACAUCAAGCCCCUCUUCCAGAAGGCGUUUCCCGACUGCUGGGGAAGCCACAAGAUCUGCGACAAGCAGUGGCUGAACGCCGUGGACUACCUCGAGAUCAUCGGUAUCAUUGUGGGUCAGAUUCUGGUUGGUUUCAUUGGUGAUUGGAUCGGUCGUCGUUGGGGUCUGAUUCAAGAUGCCACGAUCAUGUUCGUCGGUCUGCUCAUGCUGACUGCCGCCUGGGGAGUGACCCAGAAUGGUUGGGUCAUUUGCUACGCCUGGUCUCUGUUCUUCUACUCGGUCGGUGUUGGUGGUGAAUAUCCCAUGACUGCCACCUCUGGCAUGGAAAAUGCGGUCGGUUCCGGAAAGAUCUCGACCAAGGAGGAUCGUCUCCACCGCGGUCGUAAGGUCACCAGUGCGUUCCUGAUGCAGGGUUGGGGUCAAUUUUUCAACCAGGUCAUCCUGAUCGUCCUGCUCUUGUGCUUCCACCACGGCAGCGGUAACAACCCGUACUCUACCGUGGCCGUGCAGUGGACCUAUCGAAUCUCUUUUGCCAUCCCCGCCGUCGGCACGUUGUGGCUCAUCUACUACCGUGCCUACCACAUGAAGGCUGCCUCCAAGCAGCUUGUCGCCGCCAAGAAGAAGGCCUCCGUCACCGGCUACGAUGUGGACUCGCUCCGCUUGACCUUCAAGUACUUUGGUCCCCGUCUCCUCGCCACCGCCGGUGGUUGGUUCGCCAACGAUGUGUUCUUCUACGGCAACAAGCUCUUCCAGAGCGAUUUCAUCAAGGUGAUUUCUCCCGAGUCCGAGUCAGUAAUGCCCACGUGGCUGUGGAACUUGGUCAACGUCGGUGUCUCGCUGGUUGGCUACUACCUCGCCUCGUUCCUGAUCGAUAACAAAUUGUACGGCCGAAAGUGGAUGCAGACGGUGGGCUUCCUGAUGUGCUUCAUCCUCUUCGUCGUACCCGCAUUCCACUACAAGUACUACAAGUCUGCCGCCCAUAUCCAGGAGUUCCAGGCCAUGUACUUCCUCAGCUCCUUUUUCAACCAGUUCGGUCCCAACUGUGUCAGUUUCUUGGUUGCCGCCGAGGUCUUCCCCACGCCCAUUCGUGCUACUGCUCACGGUAUGUCGGCCGCGGCCGGUAAGGCAGGUGCCCUCCUGGCCUCUGUUCUCUACAACUACAUCGACACACAGACCAAGUUCUACGUCGUCCCCUGGUUCGGUCUUAUCGGUGUUUUCCUCACUCUGGCGUUCCUGCCUGACACCACCGGUCUCGACCUGAAGGAACAGGAGCGUCGCUGGCACUGCCUGCGCGAGGGCCGCGAGGAGGAUUACCAUGGCCCCGCCGUCCACCCUAAGCAUCUUUCCUGGUAUGAGCGCUUCGUCCUGAAGAAGGGUCGCUUCUACGAUGCCGAGCUGGACUACCAACAAAAGGUGGAGGAGUAUCGUGCUGAGUGGGAAGCGCUCAUGGCUCAGCGUAUCGCCGAGACGGAGAAGGGCGAGGAUAACUUCGACACUGACGACACCUUGUUGGAGGGACACGUCCACACUUACUUCCACCGCACCAGCCCCAUGUUCAAGGGCAUGGAGUCUACAACCAACAAGCAGGACAACUUCCGUCUCCCUCCUGCCGCCGAGUCUGGCUCUGAGACCAGCAUCUCCAACGAAAAGAUUGCCAAUCAGUCUCAGUCGGAGAAGAGAUGA